CUCUGGACGCAUGCGCAGAUCCCGGAGCUGUCGCGCGAUUAAGAACGAGAAAAUUCGUUAGGGGACUUCCGGCAGUAGGACCUCCGAUACGGGACGGAAGCGACAAGACUUGGGGACCGCUGGACUGCGGCCGGGGACCUAGUGGCAAGACCCGACUGGUGGCGGCGAGCCGAGAGUGGCGGGCGCGCGAAGAGCACCAGGUUGGGGGCCCGCAGGCCGCGGUCACCGCCAUGGACCCGUUCCUGGUGCUGCUGCACUCGGUGUCGGCCAGCCUGUCGAGCGGCGAGCUAACCGAGCUCAAGUUUCUAUGCUCCAGACGUGUGGGCAAGAAGAAGCUGGAGCGCGUGCAGAGCGGCCUCGACCUCUUCUCGGUGCUUUUGGAACAGAACGACCUGGAACCCGAUCGCACCGAGCUGCUGCGCGAGCUGCUGGCCUCCCUGCGCCGCCAUGACCUGUUGCGGCGCCUGGACGACUUCGAAGCCGGGGCCGCGGGCGGGGCCGCGCCCAGGGAGGAAGACCUGCGUGCAGCAUUUGACAUCAUAUGUGACAAUGUAGGGAAGGACUGGAAAAGGCUGGCUCGUCAGCUUAAAGUCUCCGACACCAAGAUGGAUGGCAUUGAGGAGAGAUAUCCCCGCAACCUAAUGGAACGGGUGAGGGAGUCCCUGAGAGUCUGGAAGAAUGCAGAGAAGGAGGCGGCGACGGUGGCCUGCCUGGUGGAGGCGCUCAGAGCCUGCCGCAUGAACCUGGUGGCCGACCUAGUGGAGGAGGACCAGCAGGCCCGGAGUCUCCAGAAUGGAGGUGGGGCUGUGUCCCCAAUACCAUGGGACUCAGAGACCUCUGCCUCCGAAGUCCCCUGACUGGAUGCUGCUCUGCCCCCGUGGAGCACAGGCAUCUGCACAGGCUGGACUUUGGUCUUCUCCACAGGGGUAGCUGGUGCCCAGCUAUUGCCCAGUGCCAUGAAGACACAGCAGGGAGCCAGGCUGAGCGAGUCCCGCUCUUACAUACACUGGCUGCUUCUGAGUUCAGGCUGUGCUUUGUGCCUGCCCACUGCACAGAUAUUUCCAUUUAUUCAUCUCCAUCACUCCCAGAGUGAGAGCCUGUCAUCUUGAUUAAACAAGUUCCUGCAGGAGAAAGUUGGAAGUGUGUGGCAUGUAGAAGGAAUCUGUAUAAAUUAACUGCUGUUACUCUGCAGGUGAGCAGGUGACCUCAGGGUGAGGAACUGGAGCAGAGUCCACACACAGCAGCAGGACAGCUGGGGUCCGAACCCACACCGUCUGCUCCCAGAGGCCUUUAGCCGCUGUCAUUUUGCUGCCCCCUCAGUUGGCAAAAGGAAUAUUCGAUCCCGUUUCCUUGGGGGCUGUCAGGGUAGACCUGGACAUGAGGGUCGGGUGGUGUGAAGGACUGGCUCGUCCUGGUCAGGAGUCUGGGGACCUGGUUGAGCCCAGUGCUCAGCCCCUGAAGGACCCAAGUCUCCCGAGGCUGAAGAGUGGGGAUGUGGCACCACAGGGAUGAGCUGAGAUGUCUGUAGCACUCAGUACUCACGUGGGGUCUUAUACGGAUUAUAACUCCUGUGAUUCUGCAGUUUGUUCCUAUUUUGUAUCAAAAUCACUAUCUUUCUGAUAGCAAAAUUGGCAAGGAGGUAGGAUCUUUUAAUCCUCUUGGUUCCGAGGUAAUCCUAUUAAAGCAAAUGCUUCUACGAUGGAAGUCUCCAUAUUACAAAGAAUUUUUCAAUCCUUUUGAUACACUAGAGAGUCCCAAAAACUGAUUGAGUGUCCUUUGUGCCUUGUCCUGGGCAUGCUCUGGAACAGGGCAGCUGGAUCAUCCGACAGCUCACUAACUCCGAGUGAGCACAGUGCCUUCCCUGAGCAAGCGGUGGCCUGCUGGUGGUGGAUUUUGUCGCUUCAGGGAUCUGCUUGCCCCUGAUUUUGCUGGCAUCAAAAUCAAAGUCAAGUGAUCAUUCUUUGUUUCAACUCUGCAGCUGUGACCUUGGGUAAAUGUCAUGCCAUACUGUGCCAUCUCAACUGCCUGCUGAAAUCUUAGCCACAGUCCUGGGAACACUGCACUAAACUGUGAACCUUAGCCUUUGACCCCUCCACACCUUCCCAGGUAAUUCUGGAUACUAGCCACCAUGCUGGGAGUCAGAGCCAUGGCAGUGAAUGAGACAAGUGGCCCUGCCCUGCUGGCCCUGAAAGCCUGACCAGGAGCACAAGUUCAUCACUAGAGUGGGUGCUGCCAGGAAGCUAAGCUGUCAGGUGUGGACUGACACUGUUAGCCCUGUACACCCCACCCACCCCAGCAACACCUGCCUACCUCUUGAAGCUUCAGCUCAGGGCUAGUUCUGCAGAGAAAAACAAUCUUGUCAUGGACUCUGAAUGUGAGCAGCUUGGCUUUGGGGAAUAAGUUUUCCGGAUGGGAAAAAGUAUCCAUGUUCUUGAGCAGAGGCAGAUAUUACAGGUUCUGCAUUCCCAUAAAAGUUUAUGGCAUAAACUGCUGUACAUAUAACAUGGAAAUGGCCUACGUCUCUCUGCAUGCUUCUCACCCCAACAGGAAUCCUGAUCCUCCAUCACACCAGGUGUUCUGAUAGGAGCUGGGGGGUGUGAAGUAAGUGCACCUCAAAUUUUCCAUUUCUGGAAGCAAAAACACUGGGCAGGGCUUUGGUCCCCAGUCUAAGGCUGGCUUAACUCCUGUAGCUGCUCACAGCAGGCAAUCCCAGGAUCUCCCUAUACUGAGUGGGGAGGAGAAGGAGCUGCUUCAGAGCAAACCUGGGCCCUGCUCCCAGCCUGGUCAAGCCCCACAUAGGAGGUGGCAGCCUCCGGCAGCAAAGCCAUAGAACAUGUGAUAUGUGGCAAAUUUGCCCCAUAAAGUCAGUGUUGUCAAGCACAGGAGACUGCCCCAGGGAAGAUGGGACUCCACAAACAGACGUCCCUUUGUUCAACCUGUCCAUCAAUUGGUUCAUGAAGCAGCCAUCAUUGCUGGGCACUGUGCCAGAGGCUGUGGCUACAACGGAACAAGAUUCUGUCCUCAGGAAACAGAAUUUUCCCAACUUCAUAAAACAAGGGGAAAAGUAAAUAAUACGUGCGCAAGUGUAUGGAAAAAGCCUAAAUGCCUUUAUAAUCACUAAAAGUGGAAAGAUAACUUUGACAAGUAUUUGAGAGUGGGUGGUGAUUUUCUGGGUAACAAGCUCUUUCUGUAUUUUCCACAUUAUCUGUAAUGUGUUUAAUUUUUUUUUUUUGAGACAGUCUCACUAUGUCACCCUGGGUAGAGUGCCCUGGUGUCACAACUCACAACAACCUCUAACUCUUGGGCUUAAGUGAUUCUCUUGCCUCAGCCUCACAAUUAGCUGGGACUAUAGGGACCCACCACAAUGCCCAGCUAUUUUUUGUUGCAGUUGUUUAGCUGACCCCAGGCCAGGUUCGAACCUGCCAGCCUCGGUGUAUGCGUCUAGCGCUGUAACCACUGCUACGGGCACCGCCUAAAGUUACAUUAUUAAAAAUUCAA